AUGAAGGUUCCAAACCCGGUCAAGGUUUUUAUUGGGCGAGCAUGUCAAAAUAUCCUUCUUACGAAGGAUAACUUACAAAAGAAAGGCAUUUCUCUUGAUCCUUUAUGUUUGUUUUGUAAGACAGAAGUGGAAACGAUGAAGCAUAUCUUAUGGGAUUGCCCUUCGAUUGUUGAUGUUUGGGGUGCAUGUGGAAGGAUAAUUCAAAAGAGCUACGUGGCUGGAUAUUCUUUUGCCAAUGUUAUGGUGGUUCUUUUUGACAGGUGCAGUGGGGAGGAUGUAGAAGUCUAUGCUGAAAUUGCCAGACGCAUAUGGUUUAAGAGGAAUUCGGUGGUUCGUGAGGGGGAGUUUAUCCACCCAAAUGAAGUGAUACGGAUUUCUGCAAGGUUCAUCAAUGAUUAUCGGGAGGCUUUGAAGAAGAUGGGGGAGGGUGAUUUCAUGGAGAUGACUCGAGUAACACAGGUUUUUGCUCGAUAG